AUGGGGCAACCGCAUCUGCCGGCGGGCCUGACGGAGAUCCCUGGUCGCUCAUCGUCUGGGGCUCAUCCAGUCACCCUUCAAUCCCCAGGGUACAUCCCCACCCGUGCUGAAUCUGUAACACCUAUGUAUCUGGCCCCGGAAACCUAUCUAUCAGAGCGGAACUCGUCUGUCACUUGGUCUAAUACCUCGAUUGACCCGGUCUACUCUACUGCUACUCAUACUGCUGCUUCUACAACGCCAUUUAUGCAUCCAUACUACGACUUUGGUCCCGCCCAACCCUCCAUGUCUAUGCCGCAGCAAUUUCAAGCAUCAGGAUAUACUCCUCAAGAGAUCGAUAAAUGGUGCAUGGACAGUGGUCUCAUCAGAGGCCUCUACCAGCCCACAUCUAUCCCUCAAUCCAGACCACUCUCAUAUCCAGCGGGGAUACAACCCCAAAACGCAAUCUACCCAGCUCUGAGCGACAUUCACGACGUAGACACUCACUACGAGACAUCAGAAUGGCUCCCCCAACCGAUCUACAACGCUGGCGUUCCCUGUUUAAGAUCCACGCAAUCCCAAGAAUUCUACCUGUCCCCCUCAUACCCCACAACCGCAACAUCCACUUCAUCUGUAAUGAGCACCUCGCCAGCUCCAACCACCUUUUCCGACUUCGAAUCUUCCUUAUCUAGCGUUGGCACGCGACAGGAUUCCCCCUCUUCCAACCGGACCGAUCUAUCCCGCUACGGUAUUCCAACCGGUGACGGUGCCUGGCGAUGCGCCCACCCUGGAUGUACAUCACAAUCCCUUUUUCGCCGCGGCUGUGAUCUGAGGAAGCAUUUCAACCGUCACCGCAAACAUCUGUUUUGUCGACAUGAGAACUGCCCGCAGUCCCGACAGGGUGGUUUCUCCAGCAAGAAGGACCGCGCACGGCACGAGGCGAAGCAUAAUCCUGGUAUUGUCUGUGACUGGGAUGGCUGCGGGCGGGUCUUCAGCCGUGUCGACAAUAUGAAGGACCAUGUGCGUCGGAUCCAUCGCCGUGUUAGUAGUUGA